CGGGGUCGCUUUAACGACGACGGCAUAACUGCAGAACCGGAAGCGAAUAUGUAGCGUUGGGCCGAGGUAGCCGGCGAAAUGCUGCUGGCAAUUGGGCGAGAGUGAGACUCCGCCGACAUGGACUUUGCGGGCACGAGCGGAAAUGGCACUCAGGUGCACUGUGAACUUCUACAGAGGAACUUCAAUGCCCCUGAGAGCGAAAUCUGGUGCAAUUGGGCAUGGGAUUCUAUUCUCUGUUGGCCUCCUACAAAAGCAUCAACAGUAACAAAAUUAAGAUGUCCCUUGGCGAAUGGAAUCGAUACAAGAAAGUUCGUAGAAAAGCACUGCGACGAAGAUGGGCAAUGGGAAGGCCGAUCCGGUACUCCAGGCGAUCGUGAUUCGCCCAAUGGAUGGACUAACUACACCCCCUGCUUCACUCCUGAAAUGCUACUCCUUAUUAGAAAACUUUACACAGGCAGCGAAGAUCUUGCUAAGGUCAGAUUGGAUAUUGCUGCGAAAACGCGAUAUUUGGAAUUUGUUGGAUUGAGUGUAUCCUUGACGGCAUUAUUAAUUUCUUUAUCAAUCUUCUGUCGAUUUAGAUCACUGAGAAAUACUCGGACUCGAAUUCACAAAAAUCUUUUCGUUGCCAUGGUGAUUCAAGUCGUUAUAAGAUUGACACUAUACAUUGAUCAAGCGCUUUUCGAAUCCAAGACUCACGGCUUUCAACAUGGUAUUCAAAACACUCCUGUCCUAUGUGAAGCAAGUUAUGUUUUUCUUGAAUACGCUAGAACGGCCAUGUUUAUGUGGAUGUUUAUCGAAGGUCUUUUUCUACAUAAUAUGAUAACAGUGACAGUCUUUCAAGAAUCGUCACACUACCGAAUGUACAGACUCGUUGGCUGGGGUUAUCCCAUCAUUAUGACUCUUACUUGGGCCACCGUCACGGCACUCUAUUAUCAUCCGUCGAAAUGCUGGUGGGGUUAUAAUCUAACCUUAUACUUUUGGAUACUCGAAGGACCAAGGAUGGCUGUGAUAUUGCUAAACUUUAUGUUUCUCUUAAACAUCAUACGUGUACUGAUUGUUAAAUUACGGCAGAGUCGUACUAGUGAGAUUGAACAAGUCCGAAAAGCUGUAAGGGCUGCUUUGGUAUUACUACCUCUUUUAGGAAUUACCAAUUUAAUUUCCAUGACUGAAGCACCAUUGGACAAAAGUAUUUGGGAAUUUGCAUUAUGGUCAUACACAACACAUUUCCUAACUUCGUUUCAGGGUCUCCUCAUAGCAACCCUUUACUGUUUUCUUAAUGGAGAGGUAAGGUUGGCUUUGGAUAAAACAAUUUCUGUAUACAUGUCGGUACGCGGUACUGAUCUUACAAGGCGCCAAUCAACUGUAAGUGGUUGUCAACCUCAUCGAAUUGCAUCAGUUAUUGAGGUCGAAGAGGCCGAGAUCAGGCCUGGAAUAGGAUGGAUAAGGUUGUGCUGCCGUGGUGGUAACAUGCCAACACCUGAUCGUCCCAUCGAGUAA